AUGGCCACUCUUGACCACAUGAAGCGCGCGUUGAGGCAACAGGCCAAAUCCGACGAUGCACUCGCCAGCCAACCUCUGUCCGACGAGCAGUACAGCGCAGGCUUCAAAUUCUUCGUACAAUGUUCAACCGCAUACGAGGACUUCAUCCUGCCUCAACUCAUUCAGCUCCUCGCCCUAAUCCUCAAAUCACGCCUCCGUGUCUCCGUGCUGGAAAUCGGACCGGGCCCGGAGAGUGUGCUUGGACGCCUGCCUUUGAAAAUAAGGCAGAACAUCACGAGGUACUCUGCGCUUGAGUCAAACAGUAUUUUUGCUUCGCAUCUGGAAGAGUGGCUAAAGUCGGCGUACGAGUACGGGCUACCGCGGCCCUGCUUAGAGAUGGACCAGCCAGGAAACGGCACGGCAAUCCUCUUCCACAGAGAUGGACCACUUCUCUUGCAGGGCCUAGUACUUUACCAAGUUGCAACUUUCCCCACAGGAAUCGUUCGAGUAGAGAACAGUGACGACUCCCUGGACCGCCUCAUCCCAUUCAUUGCAGGCUACGUGCCACAAACCACAGCUACUCAACUCCAAUGGCGCAACAUCUGCCGCUCCCUGGGCCGACAAGUCGAGGCACAUCUCAUCUUCGCCGCGCCGGAGGUCAUGAUGGCUUUCACGCGCCAUUCAACAGCACUGCCUGAGAUAGCGUCGAGGGUGCCGGUCGCGGACGGGAAGAUGCAGGUUAAGAACUAG